GGACAGAGGUCACUUUUGUUUUUGUUGAAGCGCGUUCUCGUAGUAUUCACAGAGACUGCAACUCCAAGAUGAAGCGGUUGACAUUCCCAAUAGUUGGAGGUCUUUUUCAAGUCCUCAUYAUCGUUCUCUUCGCUCUUUUAGCUGACUAUGGCGAUCAUGCAGUCCCUCGGCAUCGCCGCGUUGGWAGUAGUAGUAACACUAAUGAGACCAAAAAGCUAGAAGUCAAUAACAUCGGCAUGUACUAUCCAAUGUUCAUGGAUGUCCACGUGAUGAUAUUCUUCGGGUUCCCGUAUCUACUGUCUUUUUUCAAGCGGUUCAGCUAUUGUGGGGUCGCCUAUGCGUUCUUUGGGGCUGCCCUCUCCGCGCAGUGGGGGAUUCUUAUGUCGGGCAUCUUUGGUAGUUUGAUCUAUGGUGAGCCGCAUAUUCAGGUCAACAUUUUAUCGAUAACGUCUGCAGACUUUACCGCAGCUGUAGCACUGAUUGCAUAUUGCUCUACCUUGGGAUACUGCAGUACUCUACAGCUCAUAGUCAUUUCUUUCUUCCUUCCGAUAUUCUACGCCAUUAAUGAAAUCGUUUUGUUCAACUACUUACAGGUUACAGAUCCUGGUGGUUGCAUGUUAGUUCAUGCGUUUGGAGCAUAUUAUGGUCUAGCUUUCUGUAAAGUAUUGUACAGAAAGGACUCGACCGAGACGACUAAAGCUGAACCAAGUUACAACUCGGAUUUGUUUUCUUUGAUUGGCUCCAUAUUGCUGUGGAUCUACUGGCCCAGUUUUAAUAGCGUCUUCGGCGCCCCUGAUUACGUCACUCAGCACCGUAUCGUCAUCAACACGUACCUUGGUCUUGCCUCCAGUGCUGUUGUCGUGUUCUUGGUUUCUUCUGCCGUCAACAAAGAAGGAAAAAUUACCAUGGCCCAUGUUCAAAACGCGACCCUUGCUGGAGGAGUAGCUGUAGGGACUGCGUCGAGUAUGAUGAUGUAUCCAUGGGGAGCACUGCUGGUCGGUAGUAUUGGUGGCGCAGUGAGCACACUAGGAUUUCAAUUCGUAUCCCCAUUUUUGGUUCGCCACCUAAAGAUCAAUGAUGUGGCAGGUAUUCACAACCUGCAUGGCAUGCCAGGAAUUAUCGGUGCCGUUGCUGGAGCUAUUAUCGCUGCUCAAGCAGAACACGAGGCUUAUGGCUACGAAGGGCUGUAURAUGUCUUCGGAGCUCGUGCGCCCGUAGCCAACUCCACCGAGUUUUACAAACUCCAAAGUCUAGGUGUGACGUUCACCCCAGGUGAAGGUCGAAGUGCUAAGCGACAAGGGUUGUUCCAGUUGGCGGGUGUGGGUGCAACAGUAGGAAUCGCUGUGAUUGGAGGACUCGUUAAUGGAUUUAUCGCUCGACUCCGCAUCUUCGAUCCUCCCAAGCAACACCAACUGUACGAUGAUGCUGAUUUCUUCAAUCUACCUGAUGGCAAAGAAUCGUACUCGACGAUGGAGUUCAUCAUGACUAAGCUGGGCUGCAAUUCUGACAAGAAUACGAAUGAAAACCCGGAGAAGAACGAACAAGAAAAAGAGGAACUGAUGAAGGACAAAUGAAGAUAAAAAACUUGAUAACAUAUUGUAACCAGCCUGCUAUAUUCCUCCGGUCUGGAAUUUUUCCCUUUAUUUCUUUUUCUUUUAUGUUUUAAGAUAGUAAAGGGCAUGGGAAAUGACAUAAUUAUAUUUAGCAAUUAUUCGCCGAAGGCGAAGUGAAUAUCGGGGAAUAUUUACCGAGACGCGAG